GUAAGCACGGCAAGCAAAGCGCAGAAGUAGAAGAGCAAUAUAUGGCUACUUUUCCUUUAGCCUUAGUCGUCCCCCUUCUCCUCUUCUUCACUCUCUCCCCUCUCUCUUCUCACUGUGCUAAUAACAUCGAGUCAGGACUAGCUGUCCCUUCACCAGUCACCCCCAAGGCUGCCGCAAUCCAGUACUGGUAUGCCAAUGUUCGCAACAACAAACCUCCCCCGCACGUCUUUCUCUCAAAACUCUCCUCGCUGCCCCCUCUUGAGCUGCUCAUCACCGACUCCGACAACAUGAAAUCGUUCGAAGACGCGAAAAGAUUAGAAAACCUCUUUGAGGAGCGUAGGCACAAAGUCGUCCCGCCUCUUUCUUGGAACUGGAACAGCAACGACCCAAGCAAAGAACCAAAAAACCUCUAUGAGGAGCUUAGGCAGAAAAUACUGUCUCUCUGGAGCCGGGAUCAUAAAGGCCCAAGCAAAGAAUCAGAAGACCGAUAUGCGGAGCUUAGGCAGAAAAAACCACCAGUCACCUGGAACUGGGACAGCAGUAAAGAAGCAGAAAGCCUCUAUGAGGAGCUUAGACAGAAACUAUCGUCUCUCCGGAGCAGGGAUCACAACGGUCCAAGUAAAGAAUCAGAAGACCGAUAUGCGAAGCUUAGGCAGAAAAAACCGCCAGUCACCUGGAACUGGGAUAGCAGUAAAGAAGCAGAAAGCCUCUAUGAGGAGCUUAGGCAAAAAAUACCGUCUCUCCGGAGCGGGGAUCACAGCGACCCAAGCAAAGAAUCAAAAGACCGAUAUGUGGAGCUCAGGCAGAAAAAGCCGCCAGUCACCUGGAACUGGGACAACAGCAAAGAAGCAGAAAGUCUCUAUGAGGAGGCUAAGCAGAAAAUACCGUCUCUAUGGAACCAUGAUCACAGCGAUCCAAUCUGUGAGUUAGAUGUACUAUGCUUCUAUUGGAACGCUCUUCAAUAUAGGCAUCUACUACCUAUUGGAUCUUACUUUGUAGAAUCAGAAGACCGAUAUGCGAAGCUUAGGCAGAAAAAACCGUCAGUCACCUGGAACUGGGACAACAGUAAAGAAGCAGAAAGCCUCUAUGAGAAGCUUAGGCAGAAAAUAUCGUCUCUCUGGAGCAGGGAUCACAACGGCCCAAGUAAAGAAUCAGAAGACCGAUAUGCGAAGCUUAGACAGAAAAAACCGCCAGUCACCUGGAACUGGGACAGCAGUAAAGAAGCAGAAAGCCUCUAUGAGGAGCUUAGGCAGAAAAUAUCGUCUCUCCGGAGCAGGGAUCACAACGACCCAAGCAAAGAAUCAGAAGACUCAUAUGCGGAGCUUAGGCAGAAAAAACCACCAGUCACCUGGAACUGGGACAACAGUAAAGAAGCAGAAAACCAUGAGGGCCUUCAAAAAAAAUUAGAAAAGGAUGAUAAAAAUGGUUACAUCCAUACCGACACCGUUAUCGACCCACUCGGCGUCUACUUCAAAGUGAGUGAUUUGAGGCAAGGCAACAUAAUGCGUUUUGUUGACUUUAGAGACUACUUUCCACAGCAGUACUUCUUACCAAGGACCCUCGCCAGCAAGAUGCCCUUCAACUCCGCUGCUGCCAUAAAAAAGAUGUUCCACAUUAUGCCAGCUGAUAUAGCAAGCAAGAAUGUGGACUUCACUGUAAAACACUGCAAUAUGCCACCAAAGUUCCCAGGAGAGAUAAGGCAGUGCAUCAUGUCGGCAGAGGACUUGAUCGACUUCGUGAUCAAGGGUUUGGAGACCGAUAACAUCGAAGCACGGAGCACCGAGAGCACCAGGGGGUGUAGUCGUGAUGUUUUGAUCGGGGGUGUGAAGCUCGUGAGCGAAGGUAAUGCAUUGAGUUGCCACCAGGUAGAGUUUCCCUACUUGGUUUACCAUUGCCAUGUAGUUUCCAAGACCAGGGCCUAUGAGGUGGAGAUAUUGGAUGUGGAGAGCAAGGAGAAGAUUAACCAUGCGACUGUCACGUGUCACAUGGAUACCUCGAUGUGGACCCCAACACACGAAGCGUUCAGAGCGCUCAAAUCUGAGCCCGGCAAGACCGAAGUCUGCCACUUCAUCUCCAAAUGGGACAUUCUCUGGACCUCUGCUGCUGAUGUAGUUAUUCCUGAAGCUUAGUAAAUGAAUGGUAGUUUAACCGUCAUGCAUAUAUACAUGCUCAUGUGGAUGGGCGUGCGUGUGUGUUGUAAGAUCUAUGUCUGUGCAUGCGUGGAUGUUGUGAGCUGUAAUAAUGCUUUACUUUACAAGCAACACAACCGUUAUCUUUUAU